AUGCCGUCUGCUACGGCGUCCGGCUCCGACGCCAAAGGCGGAGCCGCGAGAUCGCGCGAGCACAACCAGGGCAACCAAGAUCGCACAUACACCCCCGAGCAGAAAGCGGCGGUCCUACGAAUCCGAAAAUGCGGGACAACCGAUUUCUAUGAGAUCCUUGCGAUUGAAAAAACUGCCACGGAUGGAGAGAUCAAGAAGGCGUACCGGAAGUUGAGUCUGUUGACACACCCAGAUAAGAACGCAUAUGAUGGCGCAGACGAGGCUUUUAAAAUGGUUUCGCGAGCCUUCCAGAUCCUUUCUGACUCCGAUAAGAAGUCCCGUUAUGACAAAUUUGGAGGAGACCCCGAUAGCAGAUUCAACCCCGGGCCAAGCGCCUCUAGCGGUGGUUCUCCAUUCAGUGGAUUCAGUGGUGGUGGUGGUUUCCCCCGCUCCGCAGGUGGUGGCCAAGGCUUCGAUGCAGAGAUCUCCCCAGAGGAGAUGUUCAAUCGGUUCUUUAGUGGUGGAUUUGGGGGCAUGGGUGGUGGUGGCUUUGGUCCCUUUACCGGACCGCAAUUCGUGUUCAACAUGGGAGGCGGCCCCGGUAUCCGUGUGCACCAGUUCGGCGGAGGUGUGCCACGCCGCAGACCUCGCACAGCCGCGAAUAACAACGAGUCAGAGCCAGCCGUCGAUGGCUGGGGCUUUGUUCGCCAACUACUUCCUCUCUUCCUUCUUUUCGUUCUUCCGCUCCUAUCUUCGCUCCUAUCUGGCUCUUCCGCCCCAGCCGGUCCUACCUAUCGAGUCGAUACCCCUCAAAGCCCGUACACCAUGGGCCGCACGACACCCAGGCUCAAUCUCAAUUACUUUGUAAAUCCACGGGACGUGGAAGACUUCAGCGCACGCAAAUUCCGGCAACUGGACCAGCGCGUGGAGGUGGAUUACGUGGCGAAGAUCAAGUACGACUGCGAGUCUGAGGUACAUUUGCGGGAGAGGAUGAUUCAAGAUGCACAGGGAUGGUUUUUCCCAGAUGUUGAGAAGAUGAAGGAGGCACGAGCGAUGGAGUUGAAGAGUUGCCGGCGGUUAGAGCAACUCAACGGCAGAUACUGA